UCAAUACCUGGGAGCAGUUCGGUAUUGCCUGUUGACAUUUACAGUCGUUUCAGUCGCUGGCUUAUAUCGGUGCGCCCAUGUAAUUUAUUCAGAUAUCCCCUUGUUGGUAUCAAACAACUGCGGUGCGAUAUUUUGCAGUGAUUCGUGCAAAAUAUUUUGCGGACGGAAAAGUGAAUUAAAGGACUCUUAGAGAGGCAGCCUUCGCGAGCCAACAUAAUGGGUGACCGCGGCAGGAUGUACAGCGAGCGAAAUAAUAGUCGCAGCAACAGCCGAAACCGUCGCAUGUCGGGUUCCAAUGGCUCGAUGGACCGGGAUCGCAAUGGCUACAACUACAACCGCGUCCGAAGACCCGUACCUCUGCGCCCCGUCAACUCAGUGAAUGAAGUCCGCUACUACGAGGAUCCAAUGGCAAGCUUCUACCCGGUUCGACCGCCCAUGGAUCGCCCAGUCUACUACAACGGUCAAAACAACAUGCCUGGUCUGGGGAUGGAUGAAUACCCUGAGUUUGAUAUUCGCCCUCAAGGAGCAUACGGAGGGCAACCGAGAGGGGGUGGUGUGUUCGGAGGUGAAUACGGGGCACGAGGCGCAUAUGCCGCUGGAGCUGUAUACGGAGGACCCGGUGCAUACGCCGCUGGAGGUGCUUAUGCCUCGGGAGGUGCAUAUGCAGCAGGAGGGGCGUACGCUGCCGGAGGAGCGUACGCUGCAAAUGGUGCUUAUGGCGCAGGAGUAUACGGCGCAGGAGGCGCUUAUGCCGCCGGAGGUGCAUACGGCGUGGGUGGCGCGUACGGCGCGGGUGGCGCGUACGGCGCUGGAGGAGCCUACGGCGCGGGUGGGGCGUACGGCGCGGGUGGUGCGUACGGCGCGGGUGGCGCUUACGGCGUGGGAGGCUCGGGUGGCGCAUACGGCGCGGGAGGCGCGGGUGGCGCAUACGGCGCGGGAGGCGCGGGUGGCGCAUACGGCGCGGGAAAUGCAUACGGCGCCGGAAGUUCUUGCUGCUUAGAAGGCGCAUGCGGCGCUGGGGCUUUAUACAGUAGCCAAUGUGCAUGCAGCGGCAUAAUAGUAUGUGGUGAAGAACCUGCAUGCCGUGUAGGAGCUCCAUGCGUUUCCGGAGAUGAAUAUGCUUAUGGAGCAGCAUAUGGCGCCGGCGCUGCGGGCCCGGAAGGCGCUGCAGGUCCGGAAGGCGCCGCAAAUGGGGAAGACGCUGCUUGCGCUGAAGGCGCUGGAUACGCUGGGGCAGCUGCAUACGCUGAGGAAGCUGCAUGCGCGCAAGAAGCCGUUUACGCGGACGACGCUGCUAAAGAAGAUACUGCGGAGGCAGCAGGAGCUGGCACUGAAGAAGAGGGAGCUGUGGGAGGCGUAGAUGCAGGAGCUGGAGCUGGAGCUGAAGAAGAGGGCGCUGUGGGCGGCGUAGCUGCAGGAAUUGAUGCUGAAGAAGAGGGCGCCGUGGGCGGCGUAGCUGCAGGAAUUGGAGCUGAAAAGGCGGGUGCUGCGGGCGGAGGUUUUCCUGGAGCUGAGCGAAUGGCUAGAGCACCCUACUACGAAGGCUACUAUGCUCGUCAGGUCUUCUUCCCCGCAAACGUUUACGGCGUAAUUGCUCUCUUGCCGCCACCUCAACGCUAUUGCGUCAGAUGUCACGCACCAUUGGGUCACAUGAACGUACACGUGAACAUUUGCGGAGCGUGCAACGUCCCGAGGCACCGCAGUGGCAAUCCGUUGCGCAACUACCAGCCUCCCCAGUACCGUCAGAACCCGCCGCGCGAUAACAACGAACCAUCUCCCCCUGAACACUACAAUAUUGCGUUGGGCGAUCUGGUGAUUCCGCCUCUCGACCAAGAGUACCAUCCCCCAAGAUAUUAUCAGAACCGCGUCAUCGUGUAUGGGGAGCCUUGCUUCUGCCCGCUGCCGAACUUGAUGAUGGACUUCGGCCUCGACUACGAGAUGCCGCCGCCGGACGUGAUGCUGCGCCGCUGCAUCCACAACGUGCUCUCCGCCGUCUGCAACACCUGCGUCCCCGGAUGCUUCAUUCGUCCUUACUAAAUAUCCAAAUUCAAUUCACAAAAAAUAUUGAUGUUGUAAAAUAAAUGUUGGUAAAAUUAAUCGAUAUCCAAGAUAUGAUUAAAUUUUAUUAGAUGUAAGCAUGCUUAAUAAAA